AUAAACCCUAAACAAUACAUUAACAUUGGACUUGAAUGAAAAUUUAGUUAGCAUUAUUCAACUUACCGUCUAAAAGCUCUGAGUGCAGAGUUAGCCCUAGAAAAAUGGAGGGAACCUGUAGGUCCAUAAAGAGUGGAUAAUUAAACAUGUAAACAAGUUUUGCCCGCGGAAAUUAUCAAUUCUCGAGGGAAUCGGCUUACAAGCUGUUCGUUUUUAAAAUGACGAGGACAAGAUUGUCUGAAAUAUGUGUGGCCGGAUAUUUUUUCUUGGCAUAGACGGGAGAAAUCAGCAAAGAAAAGAAUGGAGCGAUGGGUUCCUCUGUUGGAGAUAUUUCUCAGGUCUGCAUGUCCAGUAGGAGAGGCCUCCCACUGUAUUCAGACGCACCAACGUAAAGGAGGCCCUCUUGCAAGCGGCCUCUGGAAAUUUGUCCCUCAUCUCCUUUCAAAGAAUGUGGUUUUUUAUGAUGAAGAAGAAGGAAAGGACCAAUCUGCGGGCACUCCCAGUUCCAGUAUAGGCAAGUGUAUGUGGAUUGAGACUUUGCCAAGUGCUAUGCAGUCUAGUAUCUUGACAUUUCUCUCUGUAGAACAUGGUCGCUUUCGUACAGAGGAUCUUCAAGUUUUGGCCCAAACUCUAGUGGCAAAACCUGAUCUUGACUUUUGGGUGAGGCGAGCUGCCGAAAAUUUAUUCUUCACAGUUGUUGGACACACUGCCUCUGCAUUUCCUACAGCGGAUAGAGGCAUGGAGAUGGAUGAAUACAACGCUUUGCCCAAAUUCCUGGAAAAUUGUCAAAGAGGAUCAAACUCACUAUUCCCUUGGAUUCCAAUGGCUUUCAAGGAUGCCCAAGUCACAGCAAGUGAUCUCCGGGAAUCUUCGAAGGAGCGGCAUGUAUCGCAAAAUGAAGAAGUGCCAGAUGAGAAAACUGAAUAUAGCAGGAAUGCAGUCCCAGAAAGAAAUUUAUGCGUCCCUGAGGUCAGAGAACCUGUUGGAGAGAGAAAUGAAGAAUCGAGAUACACUGCAGAUUAUGGUUCAGAAAUUCAACAUGCUACGAGCUGUAUAUCAGAUGAAGCUGCAGGUUCAGGAGCAGCGACAUCAACAGAUGUCAAUAUUGUAGACCAAGAAAAGAUUGAUUCCAAAUUAGCUCUUCUUCCUCAGAUUUAUGCCCAGGCAACAUCUCUAAGAGAAGCAUUGCUAAGCUUUGAUUCAAACAGUUACAGUAAUGUUUCUAUCAUUUCAGAUAAGAUGUAUACGCUCUGUAUGAUUGCAGACUCGAGAGAAGUACUUAGUUUCAUAAAACCUUGGGAAGUUGACGACGAGGUUACGUUGCAAUUGGUUGAGAGUCUCCUAAAAGGGCAAGAAGGUUAUUCCUGGUCGACUGAUAUGUUGUGUUCACUAAUUCUUCCAAAGCUUCUGUCAUUGACACAACCAGCAUCCCGCAUUUUGGUAACAGCUGUGUUGCAGGCAGGUAAAGUGCACCAGAGGGCAACUGUUGAUGCACUGUUGCUCCCAUUAAUGCUUUACAAGAAAGGGCUAAAUGUUGCAGUUUGUGAAGUUCUCCAUAGGCUUAUCAAAGAUUGUUUACAAGCAGAACAUGUGUCUUCAUUCUUUCAAAAGCUACUUUGUGAAGAAAUCCAGCAGCAGUCUGUCAUAUGCUUGCCCUGUCAUAAAAGUGAGCUAUCCCAGAGCUUGGUAUGGACUGAACCCGUAUUUACCUUAUUUCAGAAUAUAUUGAAUCAUCCGAUGUCCUUAACACAGGAAGUCCUUGACCUCCUGGUUCUCUCAUUGGAUGAUGUGGCUGAAGAAUUUUCCAAGUCCUUAAAGUUUAGCAAUUUUUUGCUGUGUCUUGUGAACAAGCAUGCUUCCCUGCUGAAACAUCACAAGGGUUAUCUCCAACGAGUGGCUGAAAGGACUGGCACAUUUAUGACUAAGUCAAUAUUGGCAAAGUUAGCACGGUUCUGAUUUUCUUUGUAAAGAAGAAUGCAUAAUAUUUUGACCACAAUUCUAUUACCUAUUUUUGUCACUAGCCGCUACAUAAUGAUACUCCACUGCGUACAUGAAUAGCCAAAAGAUUUUAACUCUGUUCGGUAUCCAAUUUGAAAAUCACAGGUUCCACAGAUAUAAAUCACAUGUUAUCAGACAGUAUGGUUACUUUUUAUUUUAACAAUUACCAUCUCAAUAUUUGUUCAUAUAAAUGAAAUACACCCGUGACUUUUGUUGCGGUAUAUAUAUGUGCUGACAUACAGGUACAAGUACAUGCUACUGUAUUCUUUGUCCAAAGUCUGUAAGGUAUAAUUUGAGUGGUGGAUUAGGUUCCUGGCUCACCUCCUUUAACAAAAUCAGAUUCUUGUACAAUCCAAAGUGGAUAUUUGCAGAUUGCCCUUU